UACGGUUGGUUGCUUGACAGUGAGACAUCAUGGUAGCGCAGAACGUGGACUAGUUGUCAACGACGAAUUAGCUACCGAGUGAUCCAUCACCAGAGUCAUAUGCUGAAUUCAAUAUUACCUUGCCACUUCCCGCAGGACCCAUAACAAGCUGGCAAUGACGACCCCUAUAGGUCCGCACUCCACUUUCCUCGUCCCUCCCACUUUUCCAAGAUGUGCAUGAGAGUUACCUGCAAAGAUUGCAACAAAUACACGUGGGCCGGCUGUGGUCGCCAUAUUGACCAAGCUCUUGCUGGUUUGUCCAAGGACCAAAUCUGUACUUGCAAGGAGAAGGCUCAGCAAAAGCCCAAGGAAGAUCUUUAAGCUUAGUGAAGUGAACGACGACGCGUAGU